ACACGCCAUUUUGUGGUAAAGGUGAUGUAAUUGAGGGUUCCGUAAUGGCAUGGUUACCUGAUGGAAGAGACGCCGAUAGAGAAAGAUGGUUUAGUCCUUUUAGAAGGUCUUACAGCAAAAGUAAAACAGCGGAAUGGGAGAGGGACGAAGGAUAUUGCAAGAGACUUCUGCGGAAUCAGCCAUAUCUUUAUAAACGAUUCAUUGCAGAUUUCAUAGAUACUCAUAUCUUCGAUUUUAUAACAGGAAAUAUGGACAGACAUCACGUAGAAGUGUUUCGUUACCUUAGAAACGACACCUGUCCAAUUCAUCUUGAUAAUGGACGCGGGUAA